AUGGGUAUCAGAGACACCGCAAACACCGACGUAUUCAUAUACACCACAAAAAAUGGCUUGUCUUCACGCCAACGAGAGCAACACUGCCAAAAACUCACAGAUGCCAAAAAGUUGGAUAUCGUCCACAACAACACUGUCACGAGCAACAGCGAAAUGCCUAGCGUCCGCCUCGCAACGCCGCCCAGUCCCAUCUUUGCCUGCCAUCCGGAUGACCGCACCGUCGAUCUCGACCGAUUUGUAGACGCAACCGAGGCGCUCAGCCUGUCGGUGCUCGAGAAUGACCUCCUCGGAGGACGCAUAGGCUCGCUCGGUGCCAUUUUCGUUUCGGGCGAUUUCGCAAUCUGUCGUCGCACGCCGUAUCGUCGGGGGAGAGAGGCAUUUGACCGCAGGGUCGGCGAAGAGCAGGGCGAACUCUCGGAGAGUCGUCACAGAGCAAUUGCCACGGCACGGAUAUGCCGUAUGCCAACUGCUUCUCGGGCCGUCGGGUUGAAGGCGAUGACGAUUAUGGAGCGAUUCACUGGAGACCGGCAAAAAGACCCUAAACAAAGCGAACACUCGAGGAAGCCUGGCGAGCUUUCUCUGAUGCAGACGCGUCGGUGUUUCUUCAAGGUUGAGUUUCAAUGGCACGGGCGAAAACACCCCCUGUAUUCGUCCCAAGUAUCGGCAACCAAUAGUGGUGGGUCGAUCGCGUGCCACUUCUUCAAGUCUCAGCCGCCCUCAGUACCCAUAGCAGGCUGCCGCCGCUGGACAAAGCCAAGCAUGACGCCUCGCAUGAAGCUUACAGAGAGCACUGGCUGCCAGGCCGGAAUUAGUGCCGGUUUCCAGCCUUGGGGCUUUAGUAAUGAUCCGCCAGCUCGGACUGGUGAUGAAUACAUGAUGGGAUAG